GUCCAAAAGGCCACCAUCUUGAAAAUGUUGUCAAUGGCGAAAAAUAAUUCAUUUGUAAUGACGAAGUACAAUUAUCCAUUGAUUUAGAGUGUUUUUAAGCUCUUUACAUCCAAAGAAUAAAGAAUGUGGAGUUGAGAAAGUUACAGAAUGCCUAAUGAAGCUCUUAAUCCUUUGCUCAAUGCCCGCGAUCGGCUGUUUCGUGUGUUAUUUUUCAAGAUAUCUCUUCUCUAUGCAAGAACACUGUCGCCAUCUGUAAGAACAUUGAUAGAGUUCGGCAUAUUAACAAAGGUAGUGCAUACAAUUGUAUUUUCAACUGUUUCUUUUAUUUAUUAGUUUUCAUUACUGUAUGCUGGGUAUAAACCAGACUAUUUUGGUGUUCAAAUAUUGAAUGUAUGGGUAAACAACUAAACCAUAUAAACGUUAAAUCUAUUAAAACAGUUGGGUACAUUUUACACAAGCGGUCAAAUAAAUACUAUAACCUACGCUGUGGUUAAUAUUCGGCUGAAUAUACAUCACAAUAAUGUGCUACGGCCAAUGUGCUAUGCCUAAUAAUUUGACAUAGUAUACGCAUGCCAGCGUGGAAAGUUUGUAUUGCACGGCCGAGAUAUCGGGCGUGCAAUUUUGAUGCUAUCUAUAUAUUUACUAUUAAAUUUUCGAUAUCUCGGCCGCGCAAUUUCCUAACUUUCCAGUAAGGCAGGGGUUUUUUUCCGGAUUUUCUCUUGGGUCCGUUUUUGCGGAGAAGAUUGAGUUUAGCUGAAUAGCUGGGGUGGCUGCACCCCCCCCCCCCUACCGGGGGGCCGACACUUGUACUCAAUAAAUGUAGUUGAGAUGGAAUGUGUUAAAGCAGGGGCACUAAGGGACACUAUGAACUGGCUAAAGAUGGCGAAUUCAUAGUUUUUCGUGUGUUGUGAGAUGAAUUCCAGCCAUUUUUUCUUAAUUGUCGGGUUUCCAACUGAAAACUAAUUUCCACACGUCACAAAUUUAACUCAAACAACUUCAUUUUUACUGCACUGAAACUUUGGUGAGAAGAUUGAGUUUCAAAACUCAAUUAAAAAAACAACCUGUAAGGUAUGCAUGCGUACAUACAACAUUCACAUUUUUACGGACAAUAAAUUUUUCCUGAACUUGUCCUGCAUCCUAACCUAACCUGUGCUUAUCCUAACUGUUCUGGCCAUUUGUUUGCAGGAAGAAAAUCUCUUACACAUACACUUGAAAUUUCAAUCUCAGAUUUGAUCCGUCAAAUAAUAAUAAUAAUUUAAUUUGUAUUGUGCAAGUUCCAUUCAAAUAUGCUCACAUGUGCAUAGCAAUAAUAUAAAAACAAAAAAUCCAAUCUGGUCAGGCAUUUGACCAUGUACAAUAUAUCAUUGAGGGGUUGCCCGUAGAAAUUUGUUUUUGUUUUUUUUCCAGUGGCUAGAUUAUACCCAUCCACCUUUGCAACUAUUUUCUUGCAAUGAUAUGAAGAAAAAAUAAUGACGUACGCAUAUAAUUAUUUUAGCGAUGUGUUAUAAAGAACUGGGCAAGCUGGGUUUUUUUACUGAUAUGAUGAUACAAAGUGAAAUAAUCUGCACAUACUAUGUAAUUGUUACUUAUAGUCAUAAAGCCCUGUUAUUAUAUAAAAGGACUGGGUAAAUAUAUUUCUCUCUGAUAUGAUGAUAUUAUAAACACAGGAAAAAAUUUGAAUUGCUGUUAAUGGAUUUUAAAAAAUUUGAAUUGCCGUUAAUGGAUUUUUGAAUGUAAAAACUGAACUCUUUAUCAUUAUUGGUUAUUAUAGAUUCCCCAUAUGGUAAAUUAGUAAAAAUAUUUACCAGGAAAUACCAUAAAUGGUAAAUAUUAAUUAAACGUCAUGAUGGUUUUUUACCAUAAUCUAUAAUAACCAAUAAUGGUAACUUAAGAGUUCAGUUUUACAUUGGUAGUAUCAUGGUAAAUCUUUAAAAACCAUUCAAAACCCAUGUGUGUGUGUGCUGUUUCUAUAAAUUUUAGUUAAAUAAAUUUUAUUAAUUUAUUGUACGAUCAUCCAGAUUAAAAUUUUUUAUUGUUUCUGACUUUUCGGCUACCUAUACAGCAAAGACGUAUCAAAGAUGUAUUAUAGUUACAAAAAUGUAUUACUGCAGUUACAGAAAUGUCAGAAACAAUAAAAACAGUGGCAGACACUUUAUGAAAGAUUGGGGGGGGCUUGUGCCGAAGGCACGGAAAAAAUUUAAAAUUUGAAUCCCAGAAAUGACAUUUGCAGCAUUCUGAGAACACAUUUUGUAAAAAACUAAGUUUUCAAAACACUGUUAUUAUAUUGUGAUGUUUAUCUGAAAGCAUCAUACUCACCUGAGUACAUUACACCAACACAGAAAAAAUCAUCUUACUAGAUUACAUUGAUAUAGAAGGAACUAGAUUCUGUUCCAAAAUAUCACAUACUCGAACUGAGCUGACCGCGUAACUCAGUUGGAAGAGCAUUGGGCUAGUAUUCCAAAGGUCAUAGGUUUGAUUCCCACCGUGGUCAGGCAUAUUUUUCAAGCUUGCCCGGUGUGGAUAUACACUCAGAGUAACAUCACAAGCAUCAUAUUCACCUGAGUACAUUACACCAACACAGAAAAAAAAUAACAAUACUAUUGUUCCCAGUAAACUGCGAAACAACCGUUUUUUUAGGCGCUUUGUCAGUGACAGUUUUGUCAUUUACGAAGGACAUAUUUGUGUACCUUGUGAUCACAAUUUGUUGCAAGCAGCGUGUCAAAAACUGCAAGUUUCAGUUUGACAGUUCUGACAGUUAAAUGGUUUCUAAUUUUAUUGUCCAAUCAGGUGCGUAGUUUUGAUUUAAAAUUCAAAAGUACGCAUCUUAUUGGACAAUAAAAUUAGAAACUCAUUUAACUGUCAAACUGAAACUUGCAGUUUUUCACAUGCCGCUUGCAACGAAAUGUGAUCACGAGGUACACAAAUAUGUCCUUCGUAAUUGACAAAACUGUCACUGACAAAGCGCCUAAAAAAACGGUCGUUUCGCAGUUCACUGGGAACAAUAGUACAUGGUUUGAAAAAGGUGUUUAAAAAAGAUAAAUUUUGAAAUUACACCGAAAUACUUUUGCCUGCUUCCACUUUUAAAUAUGAAAUUUCCUUAAAAAUUCCUUCCCGGAGCUGGAGUUUUGACUGCCGGAGCAGGAGCUAAAAUAACCGGAGUUUGCACAGCUCUAAGAAUGCACACAUCAAUAUUAACUUAGCCACAGCUGCUUACUUAAAAUGAUUCUGAAAGCCCAGAACCUAGAUUUUAUAUUAAAUUGUUACUGUAAAUGCCUAAAUGGUCUCAACAAAUAGUGGUAAUAAUAAAUAUUCGAAUUGCCACUAUAUCCACCCAGUUUUUGAAUUUGAAUUUGAAUUUAUUGAAUUAGUUAUCAGCUUUACAGUGACAACAGGAGAAAGAAACAGGGCAAAGCCCCAAUUGACAUCAAACCCCUGAUGGCUAAAAAACAUGAUAAAGUCAGAAUUUGCCACUUGUUACAUGAGUCCCAUUGUAAUUCUUUCUGUUAUUUACUUUGACAAAUACACUGCGAUAGCCCUUGAAGGUGCAAUGACAUUGGACAUAGAUGUAGAAAACAGGACCUCUGAGAGGUUGCAUGAGGCCCUGGGUAAAACUUGCCCAGGGGGCCCUAUGAUGUCAUAAUUAAAAAAUGGGAGAAGCAGUGUUUUACAAUUUAUUACAUUUUAUUGCAUAUUAUCUGGCACUAAUGCUGCUAGGAUUUAUAUUCUCAGUUAAACAAUCUUGUAUCAAGAAAUUGUAUAUGUGUCUUCAUUGUUUUGGGGGCAAAGUGCACCCCACCCCCGAACAUUACCUACAUGAGCUCCUAACUUUAUCUAGAUAAAUGCAGUAUGAAGCUAUUAAAAUGGAUGAUUCCAGCUAUAGACGAAAUUUUGAUCUAGACAAGAAGAACGAAAUCCAUUACCAUAGCUGGAACGAGCAUCUUGAAAUGAGUAAAAUUGCAAAGUUUGGUUGCGAAUUAUUGUAAAAUGAGGAAAAUAUAACCUGUGAAGUUCGCAAAUUUUGUAUAUAUUUGCAUUACGCGCAGGAAAAAUAACCAUUUUUGGUCAAAAUUUAGUCUAGCUGGAAUCACUCAAUGAGGUGGUAGGGAGGGAUAGCACAGGACUUAGUGUAUAUGCCAUUCACGUUCGCGAGUUGCGACUGUGGUUCAAUUCCUUUCAGUCACGUGAAUAAAAAGGAUAUUCCGAUUUCUUGCUGUACUAGACCGAGAUCUAAAAUAUAUAUAUACAACGAAACAAUUCUGACCUUUCGAUCAAAGGUGCCGUGUCAUAGAUUUACAGUCCUUCCUUUCUCACUAAACAAUUUGCAGUUAAUUUUGAACUUCUACAAAUUUUCAUUUCCAGGCAAUUGUGUUGUUUUCAAUACUUGUCUACAUCCAUGCUAACUUUACAAGCUUACCAAUGAAAUGUCUGGACAAUGUACAGAAGACAUGGCCUCGGGAUGGGAUUCUACGAAUUCAAAUAUCUCAAAACUCCACAGUUUUUGUGACUAAUGGAAACACUGGAUAUAACGAUGUCCACGAGGGUGAUAUGGUGAAAAAUUACACACAGUCAGAUGAUAUGCCGCUGUAUGAAAAUAUGUCGAGUAAUUUUACAAAUCAAUCUAAUCUCGAUAUAUUCCAUUCAAUUCCUGAAGAUAAGCCAUCUUUACAUUUUAAACACAUGAGAGAAACACUUCUUCAUUCAUACGAUUCAAUACUUGAUGGUAAGUAUAGUAACGCAGUGAUAUUACUGAUAUAGAUCUUUCUUUGUUAAUUGCUUAUAAAACACACAAGAGUAGUCCUAUGAUGAGUAAAAAUUUCUGGGUACUAAAGAGUAAAGAUAUGUUGGAUGAAUUGCGGCUUAAUAGAGUGGCAAUAUAAUUAUGUACAGUAGUCUGGUUAACAUCCAACAUUUUUCCAUAUAACUAAAACAGCCAUAAAUAUAUUUGUUUCUGCAUGCAAGGUUCAAAACUACAUGCAGUACCUGUAAAGCUGAAGUUACUACACGAGCAACAAAAUUGCUGCAACUUGCAACAAAAUAUGAUUUCAACGCAUGUUAAGUAGAAAGGUCGUCACAUGUUGCCUUGUGAUUUGUAAUUUGUGUGUAAACAUUUUCAAUUAACAUGCGUUGAAAUCAGAUUUUGUUGCAAGUUGCAGCAAUUUUGUUGCUCGUAUAACUCCACCUUAAGGUCUAACAUUUCUAGCGAGACUUCUAACAUUUCGGUCAGUGCGGAUGACUUUUCUACCAACUUCCUGGCGAUAGAUCUACGUCUUUUGCAGUUAUUAUAAUUUGAACUUUACAGAAACCAUCUUGUGAAUACAACUAACAAACUGAUUACUGAAUGCCAAAAAAUGUUAUAUAUAUAUAUACAUAUCUGGUAAUCGUAAAGCAGGGUUUGCAAUCUGAAUGUACAGUAUAUACUGUAAUGCUGGGGUGCGGUUGGGUAUGCACAAAAAGGGCCAAUUAUAUUGAAUUUUUUAGAAUCCUAUGAAGAUGAGUAUGUGAUGGAAUAUUCUUUAGAAUUUGGAUUUCUUAGACUUUCUAAAACAGCAAGAUCAAAAUUAAACAUUCCUGUUAUGGUGGUUAAGUUAGGUAUGUUUAUCACUGAACUUCGUAAUUUUUUAUCAAGGUAGCCGUAGGAAAACGAGUACCUGCUUUGCCAGAGGACGGAUGCUCACGUCAAGCGUCUUAAAAGUAGGGGGCACCUUUAGUGAGGGCUAAUAUAUCUAAAUGUAGAAAAUUAAUGGAAAACUAGCAUUCUAAUGGUCCACGCACGCAUGCGCAUGGCCACUCGAGAACAUUUCGUAUCUCUUAAUAUAAAUUCGAACGGUCUGUGUCAGCGUCAUUGAACUAUAAGUAAACUGGAACGAUAACUCCUAUGAUAAAGGCCUAUGUUCGAGUGAAGCCAAAUUUCGGGCGCUCAAGUACAGCCUGUUUGCAGGUAUAUGUAUACGAAAAUAAAUACUAAAUUUUUCACGAAGUAUUUUUACAAAUUUAAUCCUUAAUUUUAGCUUAUUAAAGUACGUUUCUGGAUGUGGGACAUCCAUUAACAACUGUAUCUAAUAUUUUUCUACAUAUAUUGUAUAAAAUUGUCUCUGAACUCUUUCUGGAAAGUCUAAAAACUCAGAAAAACCAUAAAUUUUCGCGCGGUUUUUUGCUGAGUUUUGUUUUGUUCGUGUCAUAUUUCGGCAGUUAAACAAUAUUUUCUUAUUUUAUGUGCCUUAGAUAAAAGUUGUGUUGUCUAAGUGCGCUCUAGGAUAAAUAUAAAUGCCUUGAAAAAAGUAAACAUGAUUUUUAAGGUGUAUUUUUCGUAUCCAUUUUGUAAAAAAGGGGCUACCUGCAGAAAACGCUCAUGGUGGCCAACUUAUCGUUCCAGAUUACUUACAGUUCAAUGGUCAGCGUAGGUAGCGACAAUAUCACCAGAAAGUUUGCGGAUUGCGAAGGAUUCGACUACCUGAAGAAUACAAGUAAAACGUCGACGUUUCGAGCGUAUGCGCUUCCUCGGAAAGUUAGUAGAGACCUUACGAUUUUAGGACGGCAACGGCUACCAAUACAAUAGAUCAUUGAAAAUAAUUGAGUAAUUACAAUAUAUGAAUAAUUUAGACAUUGUCGACGGCCAAAACAAACUCCUUCAAAUAAAUGGUAGUAAAGAUAGUUCGUGGUAUAUUAUCAAUCGUAUGAAUUUAACACAGUUUUAGAAGUUGAAGACAUGGGUUUUAUGGUUGGGAAGAGUUCUGCUAAACCCAGUUUGAAGUUGCACUUGUUGUGGCUUGGAAUGCAGCCGUUGUAUCAAGACGUGAAAAUCUGUGAUUUGGCGUUGUAAACAGAGCGAGGACAAUGUCUAAAUUAUUCAUAUAUUGUAAUUACUCAAUUCUUUGCAAUGAUCUAUUGUAUUGGUAGCCGUUGCGUUGCCGUCCUAAAAUCGUAAGGUCUCUAGUCAUGCACGAAGGGCUCUCUCAAUCUGCAGCUUUCUGAUAUCUAUAAUAUCAUUCCCUGCAGCGUAGUUAAGUCCUGGGCAAACUAGGAAACAUUGUUGUGAAACAUUUGUGAUUCUCGAUGUUUCCUCAAAUGUUUCCCUGUUUGCCCACCCGUGGAAACAUUGUUGCGGAAACAAAAUUUGCUUCCCGAGAAGCAAAAAUGUUUCCUAGUGAAUUCAGAAACAUUUGAUGUUUACCUAUGUUUUUCACAAAUGUUUCCUAGUGUUUGCCCACUCUGGGAAACAUAGCGUAACAUUGGCAGGAAACAAUGUUUCCGCAACAAUGCUUCCCAGUUUGCCCAGGGUUUUAGAUUCUGCUAUACAAAUACGACAUGCAACAAGUGUUCUUUUGGAUUUAAACUGUAAGAAUGGUAUUGGCUACACCACUAGUAGUACCUAUAAUUACAUAAAUUAUGUGAAAAAACAUUGUCUCGCUAAUUCCUCAUUAUUCCUGAUAAUUAACAAUUAUUGAUUGAGGUUGAACACGAUAUGAAGAUGAUCAAGCCAGAAGUUUUCUCUUAUCAACCGAAGCCGAAGGCUGAGGUUGAUAAGACAAACUGAGGGCAUGAUAAUUUUUCAUAUCUGGCGAAAACCGAAUUCAAUAAUUGUUUUAUUACUUAUUUAAAAGAUGAAAAAAACAUCCGCACCUGUGGGUUCAAUUCGUAGAAAUAAUUAGUGUUUAAUGACCAUUUCUUUUUCCCAAAUCUUUCCUUUUUUCUUUCAUAAAUACCUUAUUAAGAUGUUUCAAAACCUUUAGUGUAAUCGUGGCUGUUUACGUUAAUAUGUUCUUUAAUAAGUUACGUUGUUUCCUUACAACCUGCAAUUCACGGCGAAGGUGGCGCCACAUCAGUUUUGGUCGUGUUUCCACAUUUCGUAUUUGUACUUCCACAGCGUGACGUCAUAACAUUGAAUAUGAUUUUUUCAUGUUCAACGAUAUGACGUCACUCUGUUGAAUAUUAUGUAAAAACUCCAUAUUUGGUCAGCUAUUGCGUAGAUAUGACCAUUUCACAGUUGGCUGUUAGCCAAUCAGAAACCAUGAAUCUUUUAAAUAAAUAAUAAUUACGUUUAUCAAAGGAAAAGAAGAUGUACUUUCAAUAAAAAGACGAUGCCUUCACUCCAGAAAAAGGCAACUGUGUGGUUAUUGUUCAUACUGUGUAUAAUAGUUGUUGCAAUGCACUGUAUGACGUUAAAUGCAUCUAACUAUUUCUAGACCCGGACAAAGAAGAAUGUUUUGGUGAUGCAUUCAGUCGGUUGUUGUUAAAAGAAUUUCUUGGUUAUGAUGAUGUACUCAUGUCAAGUAUCAAAAGACUUGCUGAGUUUGAAGACAAUAGAGGUUGGUCCACAAUAAACAACACAAAAUGCUAAUCAAUAAUGUAUCACGCAUUGCAUAACUGAUGUGGAAUGCUUUUGCACAGAACUGCAUUUUACUUACAUUUUAAGCAGUAGGUUGGUUAAUUAAUUGCAAAUCUGUUCCAUGCAUUUAAAAUGUGGGAAAACGACAAUCCUUUUGCCUUUAAUCUUUGUGAAAAACACAAUAACACUUUCUGUACUUUGAGUUUGUACAGUAUAGUAUAUUAUAUAUUUUACUUCUUUAGGUUAUUUAAGAAAUUUAGUAACUGGUGAACACUAUCGUUUCGUCAGUUCAUGGAUGGCAAGAAGUUCCUAUAUUGUUGCUUUUAUUCUCAUGUUUACCUUUGUAAGUCCUAGAAAUUGUUAUUAUUCUUUUGUCAUUACCAGCGUUACAGUCGCCGAGUGUGUUUAUGUGAAAUCUGAUUGUUUUAUAGACAAUUUCAAUUUCCAUGUUGCUUCGAUACUGCCAUCAUCAAAUCUUUGUUUUUAUCGGUAAGUAUAGAUUUAGAUCAUUAACUGUCGAUUCAAUUAUCAUAUGAUAGUCCAUAGCUUAUGUGUAAAUUUAUGUUCAUAACCCGAUAUUUUGUACGUGGCGACGCUUGUUCGACCAUAGACAUAGAAAGCCCAGCAAAUAUACACUAUUAUCGUUAUCAAAAUAAAUAGUUGUAAAAUAUAUAAUUAAAAUUUAAUAAUUAAACGUUUACAAUGUCUUUCAAAUGUUUCUGCAUACUUUGCUAUUCGGCGAUUUACUUGACGUGUAUUCACUACAUAUGCAACCUCGUACCCAGGGUGUUUGCUCGUGGGGACCCUGGGUAUGAGCUUGCUAAAUAUGCAGAUUACCCAGUCGCUAUAUUUAUAUGUCAUCGUAUGUCAUUAUAAUAUUGUUUUAACCGAAGGGUGCAGCAAAUUUUUGCUAAAAUUACACCUGCACACGUUAAUACCGUAAUUCCCUAAAAACAAAAAGAAGUAUCUCAAAUUUCUGCUAAAGAAGUAGAUACAAAUGACCUUGGAUAUAUUUUCAAACUUUGUAAAUACUUUUGUAAAUUAUUGUAAAUACCUUUUGCAGUUGAAAAGGUUUUAAAAUACUUAAAUUUCUUCAAUAAAAAGUGUUUCGACAAACGUCAUUAUCGGAAAAAUCAUCGGCUAAAUUUCUAUUGGCUGCCGAAAUGUCGGAAAAUUCCGAAUAUAAUGUGAUGCAGUCAAUGAGCUUUCUUCGGAAGUCUCCGACUUUUCGGCAGCCAAACCUUUUUUAACUCUACGUUAGAUAACAUAUCCACUGCAGUCAUUUGUAUAUCUACUUGUUUUACAGAAAUUUGCGAUAUUUUUCUUGUUUGGAACUUUCUAGCGAGGGUAUUAACGUGUGUAGGUGUUAUUUUACAGCAAAAGGUUGCCACCCUUCGCCUUCGAUUAAAAUACAAGUAUGAUAAUGACAUACGAUGACAUAAAUAGCGACUAGAACAUCUGAAUACGUGUAGUGAAUACACCAGUGAUCGCUGAAUAGCAAAGUCUGAAACAUUUGACAUACAUUUUAAAGUUUAAUUAUUAAAGGUAAAUUUUACAAGUAUUUAUUUUGAUGAUAACAGUGUAUAUUUGCUGGGCUCUCUAUGGUUUGUCUACCUGUUCGAUUGACAGAAAUGAAACCAGCUCACUGGAAAGUUCGUAAGUUGAACAAUGUCUAAAUGAUAUUCACUGACAUUGCAAUAUCUUUUUUGUUUUAGUUAAUCUUCUACAAAUGAUGGAUUUGAACGGAAUUAUUGCUUUUCCCGUUGCACCAUUGUUUACAGUCAUCCUUUCCUUAGUAGGUAAGAUGGUAAAAAGUUGGAAAUAUUCCAUAACUAACGCACUUACGGGACAAAUGUGAACGGAUAUAAUGAUCAAUAUAUCUAUUGUAUAGUCCAGUCGAACGAAUUGAUAUGUCGAAUCGAAUGAGUUUUCCUCUCUGUCUUAAACAAGGCAACAUAUAGUCGAGUUAUCUAUUCAAAUCCAACUAAUCCAAAUGGUAUGUCGAAUGCCAUGAUUGGAAGGAAUCAAAAUGUGAUGUUGAAUCGAAUGAGUAAUCAUGCCUGUAUGCCUAAAUCGAUGCACCAUAUAGCAAUAUAUCGUAAAAUAUAAGUCAAACCUGUCAAUCACAUUACAGUACUCCUUUGAUUCGAAUGAAUCGAAAUAUCAUCGAAAUGUAAUGUCGAAUCGAACUGGAGAACACCGCAAGUGAUGACAAUCCCAAUGACGUUGGAGCGCAGACCAAACUCCGAAGUACAGAUGCGCCCACACUCUGGCCAGGCCAUGCCCACAGAUGGGUUACGCUAUUACCAAUAUACUCUUGGUACAAUAUACCGUCUUAGACUCUUAGUAUUGUUUUAACUUUUUAUCACACACUUGUCAGUGUGCGAAUCUAAAAAAUCUAACCAUUCCAAACACUAUAAUCACGAGUCAAAACAUACCGAUGGUAUUGGACACAUCUUUAUUUCAACUCAGAAAUUGUUUAUUUCGUUUACUAUAGGAAUGGAGGCCAUUAUGUCGGAAUUCUUCAAUGAUGCAACAACAAGUUUUUAUGUUAUUCUUAUUGUCUGGGUGGCUGAUCAGUUUGAGGCAAUAUGUUGUCACACGAGAAUAAGUAAACGAUUUUGGCUAAGGUAUAUUUAUACUAUUUUUUUAAAAAGGUGAUUGGCCAGCAUCAGACUUGUUACAAUAUUGUACCAACAAGCCAAGUUCAAGUGUGUUCGCACUGCUUGUCCUAACUAACUACAAGGUUGCUGACUCAACAGACUCCUGCAAACUAACUACAAAUUAUUCUGUGCUACAAGAUUGCUAACUACAAGGACUCAACUAAAAGUUGUUCCAACAAAGUGUAAUCGUCUCUCAACUCAACAAUUUGUAAUCAAGGGGCCGGUUGUUCAAAGCUGGGUUAGCUAAACUCUAGGUUAACUUAUAUUCAAAGCAAACUUCCCAAGAACUCGUUUAUAAAUUUGGAAAUAUUUCUUCAGAGAUCUUGUCUGAAUCAGUAGGAAUUUUCUUCUCUGAAGUUCUGAAAUAAACAGACGUGCAGAAAUACAUAAGCUAAAACAGCAGAUUAAAUUUUGACCGAGGGUAACCCAGCUUUGAACAACCAGCCCAAUACGUUGUUAGUUAGAACAAACAUCAUUGUUCUAGGCUCUAGCAGUAAUAUAUCUAACAUCAAGUUAUAUACCUUCAAUUGUUUUCAAGAUUCUUCUACCUCUAUCAUUUUGCCUUCUAUGCCUAUCACUAUCGGUUUAAUGGUCAGUACAGUGGUCUGGCGUUAGUUACGUCUUGGUUAUUUAUUCAA